UAUACGAGAGGCGAGUCGAAAACGCCGAAUUAUUCAUGCCCCCUUCACUUUGUGAAAGUGCGCCGCCUCUGGUUAUUACUCCUUGACCCGUUUUUGACAAUUGUCAGCUGUCAAGUGUCAUUAUUGAGGUUAUAAUCAAAAAUUUCGUACUUUUCCGCUUUGUAAAUGUAAAUCCACAUAAAGCAUCGAAAAAACAGUGAUUCCAAUCACGAUGGAGGCCCCGGACUGCGAGACGAGCAGCCUAGACGAGGAAACAUCCUCUCUGCUCAAUAACGGAUCAUCGGGUGAUUGUGAAAAGGGCUCCCAGUUGAAUGAUUUUGACGAUAACGAAGACACCCGGUCGGAAUUAAAAUUUGAUCGAGAUCUGGAAACGGACGCGGAACGCAAAAAACGCGCCUUGAUUGAGGAAGCUCUGAGUAACAAUAAUUCGACGUUGAAAACGUACCAAGAGCUGGCAAUUGACGAGUUUGGGCUAGUCGGCGACGACUUGCGGUGCAAAGUGUGGCCGCUGUUGCUCGAACUGGACCCCAAUAAUUUGGAAAAGACCCCGCUUUUGGAGGAGCUGUCCAGUCAUAGUGAGUACGAGCAAGUUGUCCUGGACGUGAACCGCUCCCUCAAGCGGUUCCCCCCUGGCAUUCCAUACAAGCAGCGGCUGGCGUUGCAAGACCAGCUCACUGUCUUGAUAUUGAGGGUGAUCAUCAAGUACCCCCAUCUGCGGUACUACCAGGGCUACCAUGACGUCGCCAUCACGUUUUUGCUGGUGGUGGGCGAAGCCCUGGGCUUCAGCAUCAUGGAGCGCCUCAGCACCGACCAUCUGCGCGAGUGCAUGGAGCCCACUAUGGAGAAGACUUCAUAUAGACUGACCUACAUCUACCCCCUUCUGAGCCGGGUCGACCCCCAGCUGUACGAGUUCAUGGACAGGGCAACGGUCGGGACGAUGUUCGCCCUGCCGUGGUUCCUGACCUGGUUCGGGCACUCGCUCAACCAGUACAAGGACGUGGUGCGGCUGUACGACUUCUUCUUGGCGACUCCGCCCCUGAUGCCCCUUUACGUGGCGGCGGCCCUGGUGGUGGAGCGCCGUGAGGAGGUGUUCGAGCAGGGCUGUGACAUGGCCAGCAUCCACUGCCUCCUCUCGCAAAUCCCCGACAAUUUGGAUUUUGAGGCGAUCUUGAGGCGGGCGCUCACCUACUACAAGAACCAUCCUCCGCACAAGCUGGAGGGCGACGUGAAGAAGCGGGUGAAGAAAGAAGCUGAGCAGCGGAAGAAAGAAGAAAUGAGGGUGAGGAAAAGGCUAAACAGGAAUAACACCCUUUGGGUGAGGUUUAGUAACAGGAUGCCCACGUGGUUGCUUUUCAAUUACCGAAGUCGGUAUGGAUUGCUGUUCGCCACAGCGACGGUUUUGCUGGGAUAUUAUGCAUAUUAUCUGAAAACCACGAAUGCUUCACACAGUUUUUUCGGUAUUUUUAAUACAUGACAUUUAAUUACAGUGGGACCCAUAAAGACGAUGAUGCAUAACAGGUUUUAUACGAGCUUCUAGUUUAUUUAUUUAUUAUUUUUAAAGUCAGUAAUCGUUCCAACUGUUGUUUAUCACAAAUGUAUACAUAAAGUUUAUUCAACCACGAAAUGAUCGCUACCAAGGUCAUAACUACUGUACACUUCUUGUAAAUAAGAGGCUUCUAGGGAUUGUUACUUUUUCAGCAAAUCUAUGAUGUACAUACUACAGAUGAGGAGGCAAAUAUACCGAAAUAAAAUGGAUGAGAUUCUAGCAUAUGCCAAAAAUUAUUAUCAGUGUGAUAUUUAUUUUCAAUUCCAGUUGUUUAUUUUUAUAUACGGUGCGUUCGGACGUCCGCUUUUUAUGUUGUGUUAUAGGAGAAAAUACAGGCAGUAUUUUUAUAUUUUGUUAUGUGAAUGUAAGUGUAAUUAAGUGCAAUCUUUUGUAUUAGUUUAAGGUGUAUAAAGAGGUCAAUAAAGUUUUUACUAAAAAAGUUGCGUUUUUCUGAUGCCUGAUAGUGUGUUAUCAACGUUGAAGGUCAGAGGUACAGAAGGCGUUACUGUGUUCGGAUCAGUAGGGCUCAGUUUUUAGCAUACAUUUCAAAUUUAAACGCUGUAAAAUAAAUUGUUUGAAACAAUUCAGUCGUAAAAGUAUAAUUAGCCUCCAGGUGGGGUAUUCGCUAUUCUAUUCUGAAGGCUAAUAUUUAAGCAUUUUCAUUUUUUGUACCUGGCAGUGUUUCAAUAAGACGCAAAAUGUUAAAACUCGUUAUGUUUUUACUCUUGGCAUUUUUGCCUUUAAUGUGGUUUGCAAGUGAGGACACUGUGACUGAUCCUGCCCCGGUUACGUUUCCUGAGGAUUUAGAAAAUAUGGCUCCAGAAGCACCAUAAUUUAAUAAAACUCGAAACAACUCUCAA